AUGUAUAUUGAAAAAUUAAACUUAAACUCAGAAAAUGAAAAAAUUACUAGUUUAGAUUUUCAGCCACAUAACAAAUUAAACAGAUUAGCUAUUUCCAGUUUACAUCAAAUUAAAAUUUAUCAUAUACCAAUAUAUGAUACAACAAUAAAAAAUAAAGUAAAUAUUGAAUUAUUAUUUAUUAGUAAUGAUCAUAAAUUAGUUUAUAUUAACACAAUCAGGUGGAGCUUUAAUGGUCAGUAUUUGGCUAGCUGUGAUAGUGGAGGAACUAUAGUGUGUUAUGAACUAGAUAAAGAUAAAAAUAACAUUAAGAAGAAUAUGGAAGAAAUAAAAAAUAAUAUAAAAGAUGGAAAUAAUAAGAGCAAUAACUCUUUUUACACAUCAACAUGUAAUAAGGAAGAAUGGAAAAUAACUAGGUGCAUAAAAAUACAUGAAAGUGGAGAAAUUUUUGAUCUUGCUUGGUCACAUGAUAAUGAGCAUGUUGUUUGUGGUGUUUCAAAAGGGGUAGUUUAUAUUUUUAACUUAAAAAAUUCCUACAUAGCUCAUAAACUUUUUGUAAAAGGAACUACAGAAAAUAUAAAAGGGGUUUCGUUUCACCCAACAAAUAACUCUAUUAUAGCUCAAAGUAGUGAUAAUAUUAUGUGUGUAUGGAAAAAAGUAAAUAUAUAUCAGGAUAAAAGUAAUGUAUGCUUAUUACAAAGCAAAAAAAAUUAUGAUCAGAAAGAAAACAGUUCCCAAAAAUAUGAAUGUACAGUUUCAAGCAAUUUUCCAAAUUCUCAAAGUAUAUCACGUGAAUAUUUUGAAUAUACCUACGAAGAAAAUAUGAACAAGAAAUAUAAAAAUAUUGAUACUCCAACUAUUCGUCAUAUUUAUUUUGAUAGUUUUGGAAAAUAUGCAAGUAUUACUCAUAUCCCUAGUAACGGAAGAAACUGUGGUAUAUUAUUAAAAAUUGAUAAUAAUGAAAGGAUAAAUAAAAAUAGAAUAUUUUUAGAUGGUCAUGAUAGUUGUAUAAGAGUAGCAAAAAUAGGACAUAAAGUAUUUGUUGAUGUAAAAAAAAAAAAAUUAUAUAGUUUAUAUUGUCAAUGUAGUGAUAAUGGUAUAAUUUCAUUGUGGAAAAUUUUUUUAAAGAGAGUAAAAAAAUCAGCGUCAAAUGAAGAAAAAGAAGAAAAAAAAAAAAAUUUCAAUAUUUCAUUAGAUAAAAAGAAAUUAUUAGCAAAAAAGAAAAAAAGAAUAAAUAAAUAUGCCAAAUGCUUUUUAAUUAUUCAAAAUUUGUUAGAAGAACAAACGUGUGCUGUAGACGUAAGUUGGUCGGAAAAUUUUGAUCAAUUAGUUAUUGGAGCAUCCAAUGGAUCUGUUUAUAUUAUACAAAUAAAUACUCUUAAAUUAAAUUUGAAACCUUUUUAUCCUAGUAUUUGCUUAGAAAUUAAUGAAAUUGAAAAAAAAACUAACAAAGAAGAAAAGGAGAUGGAAUUAAAAAUUACCAAAAAUAAGCAAAUAAAAGAUAAAGCUAUAGAAAAAAAAGUCAAAAAUAGAAUAACCCCUAAGAUCAAAUAUUUAUACGAUGAAUUUGGUAAUAUUAUCGAAAAUACAAGUUCUCAUGAAAUUAUACAUAUUUUAAAUUGUAGAAUUUAUCCAUCUAAUAAUAUAUAUAUCUUUCCAUUCUCUUCUUUAAAAAAAAAAGAAAAUAAUUCAUAUAAUAGUAUAUAUAAUUUUUCUUCUUUUAUAAAUGUCUUUUUAUCUUUUAUUUUUAAAAUUAUUGACGCAAUGAUAAACAGAUUUCAACAUUUCUACGAAAAAUAUAAGGGAUUUAAAAAUGUUGUAAAUUUUAAAUUACAUAAUAAUAAAUAUUAUAAAUACUAUUACAAUUGUAGAAAUAAUGAUAACAUUAGCAGUUAUAUUAUUAAAGAUGGUGAUAACAGUGGUAAUAAUAAUUACGAUGAUGAAAGUAACAAUAAUAAUAAUGAUAAUAAUAAUGAUAAUGAUAAUAAAAAUAAUAAUAGUAAUAAUGAUGAUAAUAAUAAUGGUAAUAAUAAUGAUAAUAAUAGUGAUAAUAAUAAUAAUGGUAAUAAUAAUGAUAAUAAAAAUAAUAAUAGUAAUAAUGAUGAUAAUAAUAAUGGUAAUAAUAAUGAUAAUAAUAGUGAUAAUAAUAAUAAUAAAAAUAAUAAUAAUAAUUCUAUUACUACUACUAUUAAUAUUGAUAAUAAAAAUAAUGAUAGUAAAAAUAAAAAAGUUUAUAAAAAUAAGAAAAAUAAGAAAAGUGCAAAAGGAAAUAAAACCACUAAGGGUAAAGUUGAUUUUGAUCAUUCUUUAAGUAAUAACAAUUCUUUUAGUGUAGAAAAUAUUCAUAAUAUCACUGAAGAUAAUUAUAGUAGUAGUAAGCAAUCUUGUUAUCGAAAUAGUGAUGAUAAUAAUGAUUAUAACUCCUUGAAUCAAUUGAACAAUGAUGAUUUUUACGAAGAUACAAACAAAAAAAUUAAUGUAAAAAUAUUAGAUAUAAUAAGAAAUAAUUACAAUAAAGAAAAUUAUAUUGAAAAUUGUGAUGCAACUAUACCUAUAAUAAAUAAUGAAAUGUGUAAUUUAGAGGAAAUUGAACAAAGUAAUAAUAGUGAUAUCAAUAAAAUAGAUGAAUACGGUAAAUACAAUAUAGAUAAGAAAAUGGAAUAUGAAAAUGGAAACAAUACAAAACAUAAAAGUGAUACAAAAAAGAAAACUAAUAAAAGGAUAAGUUCUAAUGAGAAAAAAGAAACAAAAAAGAAAGAAUCAAAAAGAGAAUCAAAGAAAGAUAUAAAAAAAGAUACAAAAAAAGAUGUAGAAAAUGAACCCAAAAAAGAUACAAAUAAAAAAACAAAAAAAAAUACGAAGAAGGAUAAAAAUCUGAAUGAUUCUGAUUUGGAAUGGGAAAAUUUUAAUCCUCAUAUAGAACUGUGUGAUCCUUUUGAAAAUAAAAAUCAUGAAUUAAUGCAAAUUGUUAAAAAUAUAUCUAAAAAAAAUAAAGAAGAACUUGAACCAACUAUAUAUAAAAAAAAAGAAUCUAAAAAGAAAAAUGGAGAUGAUGAUGAAAAUAAAAAGAAUAAAAACAAAGACUUUUUUUCUUUAAAUGAUGUUAGAUAUUUGGAUUUGUCACACAAAACUGAUGUAAAAAGAAAUUAUGAAAGUGAAAUAUUAGAUGAAAAUACAAAAUAUAUAAAAAAUGCAAAAUCAAAUAAAAACCUUAAAUUAGAAAAGGAAUAUAUUGAUGCUUCAAAUAUAUAUAAAGAAUUAGAUGAAAACAAAUAUGUAAAUGAUAAAGAAGAUGAUAAUUCUAUAAAAAGUUUAAGUAAAAAUAAGAAAAAGAAACAAAACAAAAGAUUGUUUUACAGUGAUUAUAAUAUAAAUGAAAAUACUAAAAAAAGAAAUUCUUAUAAAAAAGGAAAAACGGAAUAUUAUGACUCAAAUAUAUGUUUAGAAAAAAAAUUAACAAAUAUAAUAAAGAGAGACAAAGAAGAUGGAGAUGAAGAAAAUCAUUAUGAAAUAGAAGAAAAAGAUGAAAAAAAAACAUACAAAGAACAAGUAGAAAUAGAAGAUAAAGAAGCACAAGGUCACGAAGAAAGAGAAAAUGAAGUUGAAAUAAGAGACGGUGACUUGGAAAUAAAAGAUAAAGAAGUAGAAAAUAAAGAAGAGGGAAAAUUAGAAGAGAGUGAAGAAAAAAAAGAUGAAGUAGAAAUAGAAGAUGGAGAAAAAGAAAAAGAAGAGGAAUAUGAAGAAGAGGGAAAAGAGGAAGAAGAAAUUAUGCAUAAAGUAAAAAAAGAGAGUAUGGAAAAGGUAAAGGAAAUUAAUGUAGAACAUAAAAAAAAAAAUAGUAAAUUAAAUAUUAUAGAAAAAAAUAAGAAAAAAAAAACUUUAAAAAAAAUUAAUAAAUAUAAUAAUUUGAAUAAUAAUAAUACAAAAGCAAAAAAUAAAAUAACAAAAAGUGAUAAUACUAUAGAAAAUGUAUAUUUUGAAAAAUAUAUGAAUAAAGUUUUUUUUUUUGAUAAUAGAAAUGAAAAUUGUAAAAUAUGUUGUAUGCAUAAAAAUAGUUUAAUUAAAAAAAAAUUUUGUUACUUACUUUGGGAAGAUGAAAUAUCUGGUAAAAUGAUUAAACAUUUAAUUUAUGAUAAUUACAUUUUUAUUAUAAGUCAUAAAUACAAUUAUUGUAUGCUAAAUAUUUUUAAUAUGGAAAGCAAAUUAUUGAUAUAUGAUUAUGUAUUACCUUUGAAUAAUAUAUCUGAAUUAUAUGUAAUAAAAAAAUUCUCUAUUGAUAAUAAUGUUUAUUCCUUUUUUUAUAUUCAUACUAAUAAAAUGUACUAUAUAUACCAACUAUUAAAUUAUUGUAAUAUUACUUUACUAUAUUACUUUGAUGUAUCAAAAUUAAAAACAAACGUAGAAAGUAUAAAUAUGAAUAUCAUUGAAAAGUUAGAAAAUGAUCCAUAUUCCGAAAAAAAAAAAAAAAAGUAUUUAAAAAAUUACGAAAAACAAAUUAUUAUUCAAAGAAAGAAAGAAAUGAAGGAACAAAUGAUUGAUACCAAAAAAGGUAAGUAUUUGAAACAUCAAAAAAAGGAGAAUGAGGAGGAAAAGCAAAAGGAGAAAGAUAUAAAAAAAUUAAUUAAAAAUAUAACUUUUUACGAAAACAUAAUUGAGGAUAAUGAAAAUGAUAUAAUUUCUAAAAACGAAAUUGAUAUAAAAAAUGAGAUAAACAUAAAGGAAAUAAAUUUGAAAAGUGACAAAGAUAUAAAAAGAGAAUGUUUUUCAAAUUUUCCUAUUAGUAAUGGUUCUAACAUAUUAAGACGUUUCCCUAGUAAUUCUAAUGGGCCUAUAAAAACAACAAAAAAAAAAAAUUCUCAACAUAGAAAAAGAAAUUAUUUUGAUGACGUAUUUUCUAGCAAUAUAUAUGGAAAUGAUUUAUUAUAUGAUUAUAUUUAUAGAAAAAAUAAUUUUUUUUAUAGCUAUAUGUGUAUAUAUAUAUACUUAAAAAAUGGUAUGAUAUUCUUCUUGAGAAAAAAUUUAAUGGUUUCAGAAAAUUAUGAAAACUUCUAUGAUUUAAAUGAAAAUAUGUUUGAGAAUAAUGGAAUUACAUUAAUCUCUCGUUUAGAUAAUAUGUAUUAUAGUAAAUCUAUUUAUUGUGAUAUAGAAGAUAAUUGUGAAGAUAUAGAGAUAAAAAAUAAUGAACAAAAAUUAUGUACAAAAAAAAGUAAUUCCAAAAAAGUUAAUGAAGAAGAAAUAGUAUUAAAUAGACAUGUAAAUAAGACAACUAAUGAUAAUAAAAAUAUAAUUAUGUUUGAUAAUUUACAGAAAAUUCAAAAAAAAGGAAUGAAAAACUUAUUUUCAUAUAAAAACCUUUUUAAUAUAUACAACUUUGAUUUAAAAAAAUUAUUAAAACAUGAAAAAGUAUAUAUAGAAGAAAAAAAAAAAAAAAAAAAAAGAAAAAACGAAACGAAUGCACAUAAAACCAGUAAAAAAAUUGAGAAAAUUUUUAAUAAAUUUUCAUCCAAAGUAGGAGGGAAUCAAACUAUUUCUAAAAAACAUAAAAACAUUAUUUUAAAAGGAAAUGCAAAAAAGAAAAAAAAAAUUUUUAAUAGUAAUCUUAAAAUAAAUAUGAAUAAUAAUUUAAAUAAUGUAAAAGGCUUAAAUUCUUCUUCGAUUUUUAACCAAUUUGUUAGAAAUAACUUCCACUAUAUAAAUGUUUCAGAUAAAUUUCAAAAAAACAGAACACAUAAAGAUUGUAAUGAAAAUAUUUACUUGAAAACAAUAAAAUAUUUAGAGGUACAAAUGAAGUAUAGUAUAUUAUUAAUGAAUAAAAAUAAUUUUUUAAAUUAUCUACACAUUUACUUUAAACUUCUAAUGGAAUAUCUGGACGUAUCAAGACUUCAGCAAAACUUUUUAUAUUUUAUGCAAGCAACUUUACAACAUUCACAAAAAUACUUUUCGGAUUUUUAUGUUUAUUAUGAAAAUGUAAAUGAGCCUUAUUGGGUAGAUACUAAUUCGUUGCUAUGCAUGAAUCUGCACUUUUUUUUUUUAGCGUUAUUUCUUUAUUAUAAUUUUUUAAUUCCUAUAUACAAUAAUUUACAUAAUAAUCAAAAUAAUCAAAAAUGUCAAACCUUUUUAAAAUUUCUAAAAGAAAUUCAGAGUUAUAUAUUUCAGGUACAAAAAAAUUUUCAAAGUAAUUUUCGAAAUAUAGCAUCUUAA